AUGGCGAAUAGAUGGUCGGCAGGCUUGCUUCAGUUUUUACUUACUAAAAUGAAAUUAAACCAGCCUAUCAGUCGCACAUCCUCUGUCAUCCCAAACAUCCAAGCAGCCAAUGAGCAAAGCCGCUCCACACCAUGUUCUUUGCACGGGGGUUUCGAUUUCAAGGAGGGCACCACCAACACAGCCACACUACGAAGCACUUGCAGAGAUGAUUGGCUGCCACAGAGGGUGGAGAGCAACUGUUUGGAGGGUGAGGGCUUGAACUUUUAUUUCAGCCAAUCAGCGUGCAGCCUAUUUACCAGACCUCAAAUUAGAACCCUCGUGAAAUGUUACGCAAGUUGGACUGAGGGUGGGAGCAAGUUUUUCCUCAUCACUGACCAACCCCAUCGUCGUCAUUAUCAAGAUCCGCCUCAUUAUGUUUUGAGGUUACCUAGCAACUACGAUGACUUGAAAACAUUUAAAGCUGAAUUGUUCAUUAACGGAUUUGCUCCUUACAAAAAGCUUCUUCUUCUUCCUCCUCCUCCUCAUCAUCAUCAACAUCUUCAUAAUCAAAGUCAUUCUCUAAAAAAUGAGGCAUUCAACCAGCCGACCAGCACAAGCAGCAGCAGCAACAACAACAACAACAACAGCAACAACAACAACGUUGAACUCAGCGCGCCAUCGAAGGACAUGGAGCUGGCCAGCUCCGCAGAUGGUUCUUAUAAAGGUGAGGAUGGCAAUGAAAGCUAUCACAACGUCAAUCGUUACAACAACGACGAUGACGACGAUGCUGCUGCUGCUGAUGAUGACGUCAUUUCGUUAGCUGGUCCUUACUUCCUGUUGCACGCUACUCGCAGUGAUUCCUCCGUCUGCUAUGACGUCAGCCUGGAUGCAUGUCCAACUUUCCUACUGGAUGGAAACUGUUCGAAGGAUGUGAACAUUGCAAAGAAGCACUGUCCGAAGUCUUGCACGUCUUGUGGUAUGGGAAGUGAAUGGGACUUAUCAUUUGAUUCCUACAAGAUGUCGAACGGGAAGCAGAUGAUGGGAGAUGAAGAUGGCGAAGAAGAUGAUCUUAGUGAUGAUGACGAAGAAGAGGAUGAUGACGACAACAUGCUGACGUACGCACUGCGCCAACCAAUCCAUUUGAUUCCUGUUGAUGACGUAACGAGAGGCGCAUGCAAUUUGAACAUGAGGGCUGAGAUGGAAGUGACGUCAUCAGCGGGCUACGUGUGUGUGGGUCAGGUCAGUGACCUCGAUGUGAUGACCUGCCGUCAGAGUUCAAGAAUGACCUUGCAUAUUGAUGAAGGUUGCGGAGGGCAGGAACGAGUUGAAGAACACCAUUGUUUGCAUUCUUUCGAAACAUCCUCGAAUCAGCAAUUGCUUGUCACAGCACGCACCAUGAACAACAACAACAACAACAUCAACAACAUCAACAACAACAUCAACAACAACAACAUCAACAACAACAACAAUGGCGUUGAUGAUGAAGCAAAUGUUAACGUGAAUGUUGUUGAUGUAUUGAAGGGUCGCAAGAGUUGCUGGGUUAAUCUGAUUGGUUACAAGAGGUUUGAAGAUGAAGGGCUGAACAUUCACAUCAUCAAAAACAACAACAUCAACAAUAACAACAUCAGCAACAACAUCAUCAGUGUUGAUAUGCAACUUGUUAACUGUAGAACCCUGAGGGCCGUUCACACAACGAAACAUAGAAAUGACGUCAUCCAUAUGAAACUCUUCAAUGGCUAG